AUCAACUACCUUGCCCGCCAGUCGCCCGAAGACCUGCCGCUCAUCAACAAAGACGACACCCUUCCCAACCUGAUCCACCUGCUGUCUGCCUACAGUAAUAUUCUCGACCGUCACGAGUCAUUGGCUUCCAAUCUGGGUGCCACGCCCCUCGGACCCAUCCUGAUCAAGCGUUUUGAGCGCUGCUUCGACGCGCCGCCCAAAGUUGUUGCCUCACACCACAAGAAUGCGUCGGGCAACCCAGACGAAUCCCACCACAUCACCUGGCUCGAGGUCAUCGAGUUCGCCCGCUCGCAUCCCACCCAAUUCACCUUGAGCACCUUUUCCGAGGGCAGAAGGGUCUGCCAGUUCUACUAUCCGCAAAAGCAAUUGCGAGUCCAGAUCAGCGAAGAGGACUUCCUGUUCAUUAAUAGUGGACGAUGUCAGGAACUCAUCCCGCCGCUUCCCAUAUGGGAGGAUGAGGAGAAAGAGGUGGCCACGUGUGAUGUGCUGGAAGCGAAGCUCAAGGAGCUCACCAAUGUCGCCGACAUGGUCGCAGCACGAACGAGACAACUCAGUCAUCGCUUGAAGGGUCGCAGAGCUGCCAUUCUGGAGCGACGGGCAGAAGGUGGCAGCGGAACACCAGCGAAGGCACCCUCCUCCCUGACCACUACCAUCGCAUCUUCCAGUGCCGCCUCUACGUCUACUUCAGGUGCAGGCGCAGGCUUCGUUGCCGUCAAUGCCAGCGCAAAUCUGCCACCCAGUCGACCAUCCGCUGAGAUGGACAGCGCUCGCACCACCACUCUACACAGACCGUCGUCCAGCACUGGCAAUCCUUACACAACUACCCACGCUCCGCUGAAACACAACUUCAGCCGACCACUGCCGCCAGCGCUUGAGAGCAGCCAGCCAUUCCGACCAUUAUGUCAAGCGCAGAUGGAUAGCUUACCACGUGGUCACCGUGUCCUACCUCCUUGCGAUCGAUGCAGACGCCUUCGUAUGGAUUGUGUAAAGAACUUGACUUCUUGCGCCGGCUGCACCAGGAAGCACGCUCGUUGUCACUGGCGUGACGUGUCACGAGACGAGCUGGGUGCGCUG